AUGAACUCUGGAGUAGACUCCAACACUGGAGCCCACCCUGGCUGUAGGCGGCGGCUGCCAGCGGCGCCAUGCACCGUGUUGAGUGUCACCUGGCGGUUGCAAUGCGGCUGCAGCUCACAAUAUUCUGGACGGAUGAUAGUGCCAGCUAGCAUCAGCAUCGCCAAGGGGCCUUUCUUCUCGACUCAGGUGUGCGCGAACCGACCUUUUACAUUUCGCAGAGAUCGGCAGAGAUGCGACCGCAAGGACGCUGAC